CAAGAGAGACAGAGUCAGAGAGAGAGAGAGGCAGGAGAAGGGCAUUCACACUCUUGCCUCAGUCAAUGAACAGACGCUGAAGCUGUGACUUAUUUUGACAGUGCAUUGAAAAUAAGGAGCUAGAGGGUCAGGGGGGGGAUUUUAAAAAAAAGGGGAGUAAAUUCCUCAUGAAAAUCUUUAUCUUUUAUUGUGAAGGGAAUAUUCUUGUUUUGAAUUGGCAUUGUUACAAUACUGGGUUCUUUCAUUUUAAGUGUCACUAGGGUUUUGAAGUUUUUUUUGUUUGGGGGAGAAGGGUGAGGGGGGGGGGUAAAGACACUUUAUUGUUUAGGAGUCUCACUCACUCUCUCACACACUUACACACUCUCUCUCUCUCUCUCUCUUGGGCUGGUCAUGUUGAAGAAUCGCUGUGAGGGAGCCGGUUUGCUUGCGGUCUGCCUGUUGUGGUCCAGCUGCUGGGGACGGACCCGGGACUGUCAGCCGUGCCAGCGGGAGAGGUGCGAGGAGGAGCCGCCGGCUUGCCCCGGGGGCCGGCUGCUGGACGCCUGCGGCUGCUGCCCGGUGUGCGCCAAGCAAGAGGGGGAGGCGUGCGGGGGUCAGUCCGGCUCCGGCUCCGGCUCCGGCUCGUGUGACACGGGACUGUGGUGUGUGAGCGAGAGCCUCGCCGGCACCGAGGAAGGGGAGGACGGGGAGAGCAGCUCCGGACUUGACCGAGGGCCCUCGGUGGGGGUCUGCAAAGAGAUAGAAUUUAUUGAGGAUGUUGUGCCACAACAUGACCUGUGCCCUGAGAUCUCUGGCUGCAACCUCCUGAAUAGACAGUGUGUCUGUGAAAUCGUACACUCCUGUGUCAACCUGUUCACGUACCCUGAUUUGGAUGCCUGUACUGCUUCCUUAGGACAUGUCCCAGGGGACACAUUGGAUUGCUCCAGUGAGCGCUGCCCAGUACAAUUUGAAUCUCUUUGCCCUGAGGAUUCAAUACUUAUCAAAGGAUACACACCACCAGGCAAGUGCUGCCCAACACCAAGUGCCUGCCAGUGUAACAAGGAAGCCUGCAAAGAGGAGAAUUGCCCUUUCGCUCAUCAACAAGUUCUGCUUUCCGAAGGAACAGGAAUACCCGGAGAGUGUUGUGAUGUGUAUGAGUGCAGACCAGAAGCAACUCGCAAAUGUGUAUACAAUGGCACCGAGUAUACAGAUGGAGAGGUGUAUCGCAUGGAGGCUUGCUGGUUCUGUCGCUGUCGAGGUGGGAUCUCGUUAUGUUCGAAAGCAGAAUGUGGAGAGCUGAAAUGUGAAAACUAUUACAUCCCUGAGGGAGAGUGCUGUCCAGUUUGUCAGGACCCGAUUUUUCCAGCUGUUGGUGGCCUUGGCUGUUUGGCUAGAAGUCAGAUUCGAGCACAUGGUGAUCAGUGGCGAGAAGAUGACUGUACUUUCUGCCAGUGUGUCAACGGGGAACACCACUGCAUGGCCAUGGCGUGCAAGCAGACCUGUCAGAAUCCAGUCAAAAUACCAGGGGAGUGCUGCCCCUUCUGUGAAGAGCCGAGCUAUGGGACAGUUAGUCCGACGCUAUGCGAGAGGCUGAUUAACUGUACUUUGACGGAGAAAGAUUGCCCUUAUGGCUUUGUGCAAGACCAGAAGGGGUGCUUGAUGUGUCAGUGCCUACCUAAGGAACCCUGUCCAGAUUUGACAUCGUAUUGUUCUUUACAUUGUCCCCAUGGUUUCCUGAUGGAUUUGGAUGAGUGCAGCAUCUGUGAAUGUCGACCACAGCCACACAAAUGCCGAAAGCUUUCCUGCAAUAAGCAUUGUCCCUAUGGUUACAUGAGAAACAAACAUGGUUGUGAGAUGUGCCGCUGCGUAAAGUGCCCACCAUUUACCUGUGAGAAAUAUUGCCCAGAAGGAUAUGAACAAAAUAAGAAAGGGUGCUCCAUGUGUCAUUGCAAAGAGACGGAUGUGCUUCUGAGCACGACUGCUGCCCCACCUCAAAUCAAUUUUUGUCUGACUGCUAAUGGACGUCGCUACGCGGAAGGACAAGGCUGGCAUGAUGGAUGCCGGGACUGUUACUGCUAUGGUGGAAGGGAAAUGUGUGUGCUAAUUACAUGCCCUGUUCCAAACUGUCUCAGCCCGUUGGUCAGACCUGGGCACUGCUGCCCUACCUGUCAAGAUGAGGCAGGCAGUGGGCAGCCCGAUACCAUUGACCUCGCUGUAUGUCAAGCUCCAGGGGGAGAGUACUAUUUAGAGGGUGAGACUUGGAACCUUGAUACUUGCACACAAUGUACAUGUCACAGUGGACGUGUGCUCUGUGACACUGAGGUAUGCCCGCCUCUCCUGUGCCAAGCACCAAUCAAAGAAUCAGGGGCUUGCUGUCUGACUUGUCCAGAAGAUCAGCUGAAAGCCCUAUUGCCUACCAAUAGCAGCGAGUCUGGGUAUUGCAUGUCCAGUGAUGGGGAUAUCCUGUUAGUCGGAGAGUCUUGGAAGCCAAAUGCCUGCACAAGCUGUAUAUGUGGUGACGGUGCCAUUCAGUGUUUCUCUCAGACCUGUUCAGCUGCUUUAUGCAGACUACCAGUUCUACGAAAAGGACAAUGUUGCCCAUAUUGCUUGGAUGUGCCAGCAGUUUAUUCGCCCACAACCGAGGCUGCUGAUGUUUUACUGGAGAAGACGACUGAAUUCGAGGGCAAAGAGCUACUCUCAACAUCUGCCCAACCUGACCUGCCAUUACUCACAGACGUUACUGACAUUCCCCCCCAGCAGACUGAAAUGGCUGUAAUCUACCAGUCAGCAGCUUGGGUUCUGGCAGCCAUAUUGCUUGCAAUCAUCAUCUUCUUAACAGCCACUCUUGUGAUGAAUAGAAAGAAGCAGUGGUUUCAGAUGCCUUGCUACCAUGCACCAACUAAGACGCAGUUCUUGAAAAAUCCAGUUGACAAACAAACUGUGGUCUACGUGGACUCUGCAAAAGGAAACAAAAUACACAAUGUCAAUAACUGCUGCAAAAUGGAUCUAAUGGCAGAAACAGAUUCCCAGUGCAAUGAGAAAUACAGUGUGCGUGCUGAGAAACAAAGCAACAGCCAGCAAAACAAACUGCUUGGUUAGAAACAUGAAAAAAGUUGGCUUAUGAACUGAUGGAGUCUUGGCAGUAAUUCAAAGAUUGUGCUCCAUUCAAGAGCCUUGCUUCUUCUGGUUUCCAUUAUAUUAUAAAGUUAAUGAUUCCAGCUUGUUAUUUGUGUAUGAUUCAGGUACUUUCAAAAUAAGUAUUACUUUUGAAAACCAUAUGUCUUUAUUGACUUUCAUGUUCGUUUAAAAUGCCCAAAAGAGUUGAGAGGAACUUGCCAAAAGAGAAAAAAAAAUAGUAACAAAGACAGUGAAUAAAUACCAAACUUUUUCGGUGAUUUUGUAUCAUGAGGUACAAUAUGGGGAAGAAGUGUAUGGGGACAACAGGAAGAAUAGUGUAGGCCUUAAGGUCAUUUACUGUAACCACUUUAUUCCAGGAGAAUUUUAUCAAGCAAUGCCUUCAUUUAAAUUGCCCCCCAGUGUAGUAGAAAUAGCAUUUUCAAACUCCGUAAGAUCCUAUUUUGUUUGAAAUGGAUUUUUUGGGAAAUGUUAGAGGUAAGAAUGGAAAAUAUAUAUAUAUAUAUAUAUAUAUACACGCAUAUAUAUUAUAUAUAUGUAUGUGUGUGUAUGUAUAUAUUUAUAAUGCCCUAAGCUAAAUAACCAAGUGAGAAUAAAAUAGUAUUUUUCUUUGCAAAGGAGAGACCUCUAAAGAUUAUUUUUCCUUGUGAAAUUUUUCGGCUCUAAAUUAGGAAGACAAAUGACUGGGGAAUGGAGAACAUUUGAGAGCUGAGCGGGUCAGCCGUUUUAUUCCACCCUCUGGAUACAUGUAGGUUGAAAAUGUUAAGGCCUUCAGAAAGUUUUUGUGUGGUGGAAUUUCUCAUCACCUUGAGGCCACAAGAUAAUACUGAAAAAUACCAAGUUAGUUGUGCAAACGGUGAAGGAGGAAGAUGGUACCAGAAAAAUCUGGCUUUGCUGCACAGCAUUAUUACUGCAGAAAGAUACACUUAACUGUAGUAUUAUUAACAUUGCUGUUAACAUUCGCUAUGGCAGUGAUUUUAUGUGUUGUAUCAAAUCCUAUACUUGUACUCCGUAUAUGUUUUCAUUGUGUUGAAUGUACUCACAAUUUUUGCUUGUGGGUAGUAUGUCAUUCCAGUUUUUUAAAAAAAAGAGUUGAACUGAGUAUUCCAGCUGUAUUCCGCUGGCUAAAAUAGAACUCAGUAUAAAUGCCAAAUGCAGGAAAAGCCAACCUGGAAACAGUGUGUUAUCAACUUUUAAGUUAAAGGUGUUAAUCUAAUUCCUGAGGUAGAAUGAGCCCCUGCUUGCACAACAGCUAGGAUAGAGGACCCAUAAAAUGAGGAACAGGGCUAAAAUAUUUUUGAAGCAUGGUGAUUAGGUUGGGCGGGUGGGAAAGAGUUCAAUAUAAGGGGUAAAUGAAUGAUGAAGAGCACAUACCUCCCUAAGCAGUUCUAGCUACACCCAGGCUUAAAAUGCAGGCUUAACCCAUUUACAGUGCUCUAGAUGGCCAAGAUUGAGAAUAAAAAGACUGUCAAAAUAUUAUUUUGAGUAUUUUGAGGUGUCAAGCAAGGGUGAAAUGUUGUAACUACUUUGGUAGUUUAAAAUAAGCGGGAGCGCAGGGAUUAUGUUGGUAAGCUAUGGCACUUUGUAGUCAAUGUUAAUAAUAACAUUAAGGAUUUUAAGAAUAGCCCUAUUGAUAUCAGGCUAUGAGCAUAUGAAUUCUUUUAAGUUGUAAGAAGUUUCAAGUAUUUUUGUAGAUACUUAGUUUGCAGAUAAUUGAGCAAAAGGGAGGAGAGUUUCUUAAUUUAUUUUUUCAGAUAGCUUAAUUUAUUAAUCUAAGUAGAAUCUGUAUAGAAGAAUGGCAGAGGGCUUAAGGAUUCUGUUUACUUCUAUUUGUUACUGUGAUCAGCAGUCCAAUAAGUUGAGAAGAUGUGGCAGAGAUCUUUGGUCAUGCGGUUUUGCUGGCAGUUGUGCUGAGAUAAUGCUGUUGCCUGAUUAUAUACCCUCUUAAACAAAACCUAUAAACCCCUUUGCUGUACUUUUUAUGUAAGUUCUUAAUGGAUUUUUUUGUUUAACUCUUUACAAUUGAAACAUAGAGAUCUAAAUUGCUUAUUUAUUUACAUCAAUGUGUAGUAGCACUUGUAAAUGCACAUGGCCUAGCAACUGGGUUGUAACAAGUUAAAAAAAGCUUUUACUCAUUUAAAUAAAUUUUGUUCUGGAA